AUGGAUUUUGUGGAUAGAACUUUUCAUCUUCAUGACCCAUCAUCAAUUAUUCAGAAGUUUGACCUCGGCUUGAAUACCAACAUGAAUGCAUCACGGGUUAUAUCAUGGAUCGGAAGCCUAACAAAGCGUAAUGUCGAAGACCUCAGUGUCGCUUUAUAUCAAGAUGAUCCUUUUCCUAUUCCUUCAUCGAUAUUUACUUGUGAAUCAUUGGUUAAGUUGUACCUAUAUAUAACUCCUAAUAUAUAUUGUCCUAAAAAUAUCUCCUUCCAAAAGCUAAAAAGCCUUACACUUAACGGAGUUCAAUUUACGGGUGAUUCCUGGAAUGACCAACUCUUUGUCAAUUGCCCUGUCCUUGAAGAAUUGGUUCUGGAAGACUGCUCUUGGUUUGGUAUAAAGAAAAUCUGCAUUUUAACUCCUUUACUAAAACAAUUGCAAAUUGUAUACUAUUAUUAUUCCAAGGAAGAUGAUUUAUGUGAUUAUUAUAUCCAAAUUCACGCACCAAGUCUAGCAUCUCUUACCUACUGGGGUAUUGUAGCGAAGGAUUAUGACCUGUCCAGCUUUCUUGCACUAGAUAAAGCAGAAGUGAACUUUCAUGAACAUAAAUCGACUAAGGAGCCAAGGAUAUCUCAAGGUGAAGCUUUAAGUAAGUUUCUUCAGGCGCUUUCACAUGUAAGGUCUCUAUCAGUACACGUUCAAACCGGACAGGUUCAAUCAAUUGCAUAUGAUUUUGUAAACAACCUACCUACAUUUCAUAAUUUGAAUGAGUUGGAGCUGCUUCAUGGAGCAGCAACCACUAAUAAAGAAAUAUUUGCAUUGCUCAGAGCAGCACCUAAUCUGAGGUGUCUUGUAUUUGACGAGUCAUCAGUUCUUUUGUCUAUCGAUGAAAAAGAUGAAACAGAUAAAACUGAAGACUUGUUUCGACACCUCCAGUCAGUUUUAUUCGUGGAAUUUAGUGGGGAGGUGAGGGAGUUGAGAUGGGCGGAAUUAAUUUUGAAGAAUGCAAAAUCUUUACAAACGAUGACUAUUGAAUAUGGUACUUGCCAUUCUAAAGAGAAAACUCCGAAAAGCAAAGAAGUAGUUAUGUCGGAGUUGCUGAGUUUUCCAAGAGCCUCUUGGAGAUGUGUGGUUAAGUUCAUCUAA